AUGUCCAAGACCUUUUCCAAAGAGGACGUAGCGUCGCAUAGCAAAGGUGACAGCAUCUAUAUCAUCAUUGACGAGGAUGUCUACGACGUCUCCAAGUUCCAAGACGAGCACCCAGGUGGCAAGAAGAUCCUUCAGCGAGUUGGUGGAAAGGAUGCUUCCAAGCAGUUCUGGAAGUAUCACAACGCGGGUAUUCUGAAGAAGUACAAGGGCCAGUUGCAGAUCGGCUCUUUGAACACUAAGAAGGCUGCUCCCACUCCCGCUCCCGCUCCUGCCCCUGCCCCUAAGGCCGAACCUAAGGCUCAGGCCGCACCGACGUCUUACAAGCCUAAGACCGCUGAGGCUCCUCAAGAUCCCUUCGGAGACCUGAUUCCUUUUGCUGAUCCCUCUUGGUACCAAGGUCACUCCUCCGUUUACCACAAUGAAACCCAUGCUGCUCUUCGCGAGGAGGUUCGGAACUGGGUCGAGACAGAGAUCGAACCAUACGUGACCGAAUGGGACGAGGGCAAGGAAGUUCCCGCGAAGAUCUAUAAGCAGAUGGGCGAGCGCGGAUACCUCGCUGGUCUGCUCGGCACUGCAUUCCCAGCGAAGCACACACCAUACCGAGUCCAAUCUGUGCCCGCCGAGCGCUGGGACCUGUUCCACGAGAUGUUGCUCACUGACGAACUGUCUCGCGCGGCCAGCGGUGGCCUUGUGUGGAACCUGAUUGGUGGUUUCGGCAUUGGGUGCCCUCCUCUCGUGAAAUUCGGAAAGAAGGCUCUGGUUGACCGUAUCCUUCCCGGCAUUCUGGCUGGUGACAAGCGCAUCUGUCUUGCUAUCACUGAGCCAGACGCGGGUAGUGACGUUGCCAACUUGGGUUGCGAGGCUAAGCUGAGCGAGGACGGCAAGCACUACAUCGUCAAUGGCGAGAAGAAGUGGAUCACCAACGGCGUCUGGUCUGACUACUUCACCACUGCUGUCCGUACCGGCAAGCCUGGUAUGAACGGUCUCAGUGUGCUGCUUAUCGAGCGCGAGGCUGGUGGCGUUAGCACCCGCCGCAUGGACUGCCAGGGUGUCUGGAGCAGUGGUACUACCUAUGUCACCUUCGAGGAUGUCAAGGUCCCCGUCGAGAACUUGAUUGGCAAGGAGAACCAGGGCUUCAAGGUCAUCAUGACCAACUUCAACCACGAGCGUAUCGGAAUUGUUAUCCAGUGUGUCCGCUUUGCCCGUGUCUGCUACGAGGAGUCUGUCAAGUACGCCCACAAGCGUAAGACUUUCGGCAAACCUCUGAUCGAGCAUCCCGUAAUUCGCAUGAAACUGGCCCACAUGGCCCGCCAGAUCGAGGCUACCUACAACUGGCUGGAGAACAUCAUCUUCCAAUGCCAGUCCAUGGAGGAGACUGAGGCCAUGCUCAAACUGGGCGGCGCCAUUGCUGGUCUCAAGGCCCAGUCCACCCAGACCUUCGAGUUCUGUGCUCGCGAGGCCAGUCAGAUCUUUGGCGGUCUGAGUUACAGCCGCGGCGGUCAGGGUGGCAAGAUCGAGCGUCUGUACCGUGAUGUGCGUGCCUACGCUAUUCCCGGCGGAAGCGAGGAGAUCAUGCUUGACCUGAGCAUGCGCCAGAGUCUGCGUGUGCAUGAAAUGUUUGGCAUGAAGCUCUGA